GGGGACUGUAAACCUACCAUCCCGGAAUUGGAAGCUGAAGAAGAUUUGAUUGCUGCAGUUCAGCAAAUUGUGAAAGCAUUGGGAACGAAUAGGAAUUUGACGGAUGAUGCUUGGAAAAUAUUGGCAAAUUUAGGGUUACAAUUGUCUAAUAUUGCUAAAGUCAAUGAAAGCAAAGAGGAGGCGGAUUUGGAAGAAGAUGAAGGACUUUGUGAGACUGAGCAGCAGCUUAAUGAGAUUCGGGAUAAGAUCAUGGAUCGGGAGAAAGACGAUUCUAUGAUAUGGGAUCGUAGGCCUGAAGAAGCUUAUGAGUAUUUGAAGGUUGUGGACCGAGCUCAAAAGUUGACUAAGAGCUUGGAGAAUUUGAGUGUAAAUGGUUUUUGCAAUGCCAAUGCGCUCCUUCUUAGGGCUCAUGACGUUCUUCAAACGGCAAUGGCUAGGCUCGAAGAGGAUUUUAGGCACUUGCUCGUACAAAACAGGCAGCCUUUUGAGCAGGAGCAUGUCUCUUUUCGUUCAAGUGAAGAGGAUAUUGUGGAGGCAGGUUCUAUUGCUUCCUUCGGGGAUGAUUCUAUCGAAGAUGUAGUCCAAAGAGAUAGUGUGAGCCAACGCUCGGAGGAUUAUGUCUUUGAAUUGGUGCACCCUGAUGUGGUUCCUGACCUAAAAACAAUUGCUAAAUUGAUGUUUGACUCAACUUAUGGUCAGGAAUGUUCUCAGAUGUUCAUCAAUGUUCAAAGAGAUGCUUUAGAUGACUGCCUUUACAUCCUUGAAGUGGAGAAAUUAAGCAUCGAGGAUGUGCUGAAGAUGGAAUGGAAUACAUUGAAUUCAAAAAUCAGGAGAUGGAUGUGGGCUGUAAAGAUUUUCGUGCGGGUUUAUCUUGCCGGUCAAAAAUUACUUAGCGAUCAGAUUUUUGGAGAGCUCGAUUCGGCUAGUUCUGUUUGCUUCAUUGAGUCGUCAAAACCUGCAAUUUUGCAGCUUCUGAAUUUUGGGGAAGCUAUAGCCAUCGGUCCACAUCAACCUGAAAAGUUGAUUCGAAUUCUUGACAUGUAUGAGGUGCUUGCUGAUCUUAUUCCAAAUAUCGAUGCUUUAUACUCUGAUGAAACCGAGUAUCACAUUAGAACCGAAUGCCACGAGACCUUAAGGAGAUUGGGUGAAUGUGCUAAAGCAACCUUUCUUGAAUUCGAGAAUGCCGUUGCUUCCAAUGUGUCGGCCAAUGCUUUUCCCAGAGGUGGAGUCCACCAUCUGACGCGUUACGUUAUGAAUUACCUCAAGACUCUUACAGAUUACAGCAAGACUCUUGAUUUUCUCCUGAAGGACGAAGAUAAAGAAGAUUCUGUUUCAGUUUCUCCCGACACAAGUCCAGUCAGUGAAGAGGAAAGUGUUGGUAGAAGCUCAAGUGCUUCUCCAAUGGCUCUGCACCUCCGAGCCCUUAUUUCUAUUUUGGAAUGCAACCUUGAAGAGAAAUCUAAGAUGUACAGGGAAGAGUCGUUACAGCACCUUUUCCUGAUGAACAACAUACACUACAUGGCGGAAAAGGUUAAGAAUUCGGAACUCAGGGCAGAACUAGGCGAUGAAUGGAUUCGGAGGCAAAACAGGAAAUUUCAACAACAAGCAAUGAGCUACGAGAGAGCCACUUGGAGCUCAAUCCUCUCAUUACUUAGGGAUGAAGGGAUCCAAAAUCCUGGUUCAAAUUUAAUUUCAAGAACUAUUCUCAAGGAGAGGCUGCACAGCUUUUGUCUUGCUUUCGAGGAGGUCUACAAAAGCCAGACAGGAUGGUUAAUCCCAGAUGGCCAACUUCGAGAAGAUCUCCGAAUC